CGCCCUACGUUCCAUAACGCUCACCUCACAACCCAUAACCCAUAACCCACAAGCACAAACCCAAACUCUCCCUUCACGAAACCCUUCAAAUCAUUUCUUCUAUUGCUGCUUUCUUAUUUUCUUCAUAAACCAUACAAAUUUUGAAACCAUAACCAAGAAUGUGUGGCGGUGCAAUCCUCGCUGGCCUUAUUCCCCGCCGCCGCGUCUCAUCCACUGAUCUCUGUCCCACCUCCGCCGACUUCUGGCCGACUGCUUUCAGUUGCUCCAAUGAUCAGAACUCUACUCCACCUCUAAAAAGGCCCCGCCCCUCUACAGGUGAUGAGCCUGCGGAAAAACCUGUUGCUAAGAAGAAGCAGAGGAAAAACCUGUACAGGGGAAUAAGGCAAAGGCCUUGGGGCAAAUGGGCAGCCGAAAUUCGUGACCCGAGGAAAGGCGUUCGAGUUUGGCUGGGCACCUACAACACUGCAGAAGAAGCUGCCCGGGCUUACGACAGAGAAGCCCGUAAAAUCAGAGGAAAGAAAGCAAAAGUUAAUUUCCCCAAUGAGGACGUUGAUUACAGCUAUAGUUACAAUGCUAACCCUGGUAAACCCUACAAUAUUGGGCAUAGCUAUAGUGAGUUCAACCAGGCGGGAUUGGAAAAUGAGUUGUAUUCUGCCCAUAAUGCGGGUGAAGUAAAGCAUCAUGAUCUGAAUGGAAAUGGUAAGAAUAGUACCAAGGCGGUGAUUGAAUUUGAGGUGCCGCCGGAGGCGGACAACGAAGUGCAGAAGCUGUCUGAGGAGCUGAUGGCUUAUGAAAACUACAUGAAAUUCUAUCAGAUUCCGUAUCUCGACGGGCAGUCCCCAGCGGCGCCGACUAAUCCGCCACCGGAGACGGUUGAACUCUGGAGCUUUGAUGAAGUUUCCGGUGGACUCUAGAGGUGUCUGUGAUUGGUGGUGUUGUUCUUCCAUUUUGCUUUUCUAAUUAUGGAUUAAUCUGUAAAUUAUGGAGUAAUUGAUGCUUUCGUGAUUAUAAUGUUUAGGGCUUAGGAGUAAUAUGUCUCUGGUGAAAUGUGUUAAGAUUUCCAGUGUUUGUCGAAUAAAUGUAAUUACGAGUUUCCCAUCUAGUGGUUGUAAUUGCAGAUCUUUUGCUUUUCUAGUUAA